UUUGAUAUAUUUAUGACAAUGUCGCGCAGACAUCGAAAAGAGACAGAAGAUAUUGAAGAAGGUGAUAUUGUGACCGAGGAAGAACUUAAGACUAUUCGCCGGCAGUCGAAAUCGUCAGCUUGGGUUAACGAUGAAAUGGAUAGCUACACUGUGGUAUCUGAAGUUAUUGUACAUAGAGAGAUGGAGCAAAUGGAAACAACAUUUACAUCUCCAACAGCACGAAGUGUUUCAUCUAUUGUGUCAGCUACUAAAGACAGAAGAAGGAAGAAAAGCAGUAGCCAUUCAGUGUCUCCGAAGUCAAAAGCUUCCAGUAGUGAUGUGAUAGAAGUCCCAUCUCCUACAGUGAGAACAAUCUCUCCGUCCACCUCCGUUUUUCAUUCACCAGAGAAACUGAACAGUGACACAAAUAUUGUCCCUGUACAUGAAAAUACAUCAGAACGUCGUCUGGUACAAGAACAUUCCACAUUUGAUCGAAAAAAUGAAGCUGUGUCUCCUAAAGAGCAACUUAGUGAUUUAAAUGAAACCAUUAGAUUGGCUUCACAUAUAGAAAAAGUUAAAAGUAAAGUAAAAACAAAGCACAAAGAACAUUUGUUAUCCAAAAACAGACAACAGCCUCAUUCUAAGCAAGGUAUGCUGAAGAACAUAAGUAAAAUUGGAAAGGUUGCAGUGAAUGGAGAAGAAGCAGAAUUAAAAUCAUUGGAGAAGGAAGCAGUUAGAGAAAAAUGGAAGAAUACUUUAUCAAAAACAAAAGAGGUGUCCGCGGGCUACGACUUCUUCAUGCAGGUGUGGCCGGAGGAGGCGCCAGCAGCGGCGCAGGUGGAACAGCCGCAGCCGCAGCAGCAGCAGCAGCAGCAGAAUGAGCCUACAGCUGACGGGGACGGCCGGCCCGGCUCCCGCCCCGGCGCGCAGAGUUCGCGCGCAGAUAAAGAAGAAGACAGAGGUGACUUGGUACCUGAAGAAACAGACGACGAUACCAAAUUAUUGGCUGCUGAUUACCUUGGUCUGAAGGAGGAUGAGGACUGGGAAGUUGUCGUACAAACUGCUGCUAGGCGGCCCCUGAAGACGACAGAGCUUCUCCAAAAAGAGGCAGCUUUGUACUUCUAUCCGAGCUCCAAGCCAGUUCCUUUGUUCAAUAAGUUGGCUCCAGAUUGUGAGCCACGCUAUCCAGAAGAAGAGGGUUUAUAUGUGGGUUCACAGUUACGUGUUCCAAGCCAUCUCAGAAACCUCAUGGAGCAACGCAUACUAGCUGCAGGAGGAAGAAAAUGGUUUGGUGAGGAUGGGAAACUGAUAAGCAUGCCUGAUCCACAGAUAUAUAAAUCAUAUAAUCCACCAGUAUCUGAAGAAUGUCGUUCUAGGCUGGAGCUGGAAUAUAAACUAGCUAGAUCACAAAAUUUUGGCAACGAUCACAAGCUACUUGGAACACAAGAGUCUCAUAGUUGUUACCUGUUAGAGGUUCAACUGUUAUCCAUAACAUUCACACAUCAUCCUUUAUUCAGCCGUGAACAUGUGUUGUCACAACAGCUAACCUCAUUGUUCAGACAAUAUGCAGCACAACAGGAACGAGACUCCAUCAACAGGCUAUUUAGAAAACUAGAUGCUUUGCGCAGGGCAAGGGACAGCUGUGUUGCUGCACAAGAUGAGUUACCUGAUGAACAUAGCCACAAAGAAAGGCUUCAGAGAUACAAAGAAGAGAUCCUACAAACACAAUUAAAACUACUUGAGGAGGGUCGUGCAAGCCGUCACCUGCUAGCUCGAAUUUUGUCACUUUGGAAGGACUUACGCACCUUGCGUCAAUUACAAGGUUACAGCUGCACACCGCUACAGCUGCGAGUCAUGUGCCAGCCACCUGGUGACAGAGAGAAGGAACAGAGGGAGUGGGAGCAUAGGCUGCACAUCUGGACUAAGGAGCUGUUAUCUGAAAAACUGAAAAGCCAGGGUCAGAGUGGCGACACCCAGCAGAAAAUGCAUAUAUUGAAGAAGUCACAAGGGAAAGAUGAAGCGACAAAUAGUUCUGGAAGUACUGAGAAUGAGAAUGAACAUGAGUCAGAAACAGAACUUUACACUGAUUUAGAUGAGGCAGCUGUACGUUCAGACCUUGCCAACAGUUUUCGUGAGAGCUUUCGCCCUCCUGGAGAGCCAGAUGUUGUCAUCAGUUUGAACAAUAAUAAUUCUGUGGAUCAAGAUCCUUCAAUUUCCAGAGAGCAGAAACGAAGAUCAGCAGUUUUGCGUACCAAAUUGUUCGUAAAAAUUUUUUACAAUGAGAAAGAAGUAUGCCAAUCAAAUAUUGCGUCUUUGACUGAUAAAUUUGAAGUAAAGUUUGAACAGCUCUUCAAUAUUUGUGUGCUGCAGCACCCAGAUAGUUUGAAGUUGGAGAUCUGGGAAGAAUCAAGUGCUCUAAACAAAAACAUUAUUGCCGAUGUGUAUAUUCCUCCUCCAAACAGUGCAACAACUCUGCUGAAUUGUGAAACAGGUUAUCAUGAAUUUAGCAACAAUAUGGUGAUCACAUUUAAUCACACAGGUGUGGGCAGUGGUACAUUUUGCCCACCAUUGCCAGGAAUGCAGUCAGCUAAUAAUUCUUUGUCAUGCUUGUACACAUCAGGAAUAGUUGAAUGCAGAACAGGAUGGGGAAAGGAUGAAAUUUCUGGAGAAAUAAUGGCACCACCAGAAAAAUCUGGAUUGAGACACAGUGAGCCAGCAGACUUCCCAGUUUCAUUGCGAAACCAGGAUGGAAAUUUAGAUCCUCAGAAACUUAAAGAAUGGGCAGAGAAGUCUCAUUUGGAUCCUAAUGAUCCUAGAAAUGCUUCAUUCUUUUAUUUUUUGAAGAAUACAGAUGAAACUUCAUGCAGAGAAAAUUCAUAUUUUCGGCUGGACCCACUGCAAUCUGAAUUUGACUUCUGCACAGCAGAAGAGUUAGACAGCAAUCCACGUCUUCGAUUACUUAAGCUCAGGGAUCGUGGUGAACCUGAAUUUCGUGGUUUACGUCUUGUUCCACUUCGUGAGAAGGAAAUAUUGCCUCAAAUAUUUGUGGAAUAUGACAAACGGGUUUCUGUGGAGCCAAAGAGAAGUCAUGAUGAACUACCUCCAGAUCCAUUAGAGUCACAUCGGAUAUGGGGUCAGAGAUUUCUCCUAGAUGUUCAGCAGAGGAUACUACAGCAAUGUCAUGCUGCACAACAGAAUAAGCAACCACAAGACAUUGUUUCAGAGGAUCAAGUUCCUGAUAUCAGUACAUUAGGUUUGACAUUCAUGAAAUGGUUACAACCAAAACGACCACUUCGGCCAGUACGAAAAGAACGAAAGAAAGUGACAACACAAAACAUUUCCACCACAGAAGUAAAGAUUAUUAUAAAUAUUGUACGUGCAUUUGAUGUUCCUGUCAGGAAAGACGUAGAUACUUUGGGCAUCACCACGGUUGGGCCACAGGGUUGCAAGUUCACACUGGUUCCAGUAAGACCAUUUGUUGAAGUAUCAUUUCAAGAUACUGUCUGUAGAACAACCACUGCUGAAGGAGCAAAUCCCACAUGGAAUCAAGAACUUCAAAUACUACUGCGUCCACCAGGUGGUGAUUACUCUCAUGGAACACUCCAGUCAAUAAAAGAUUCUGUUCAUUUCAAUUUGUUUGAUGAGAUUGUUAUUGACCUUCUGGCUGAUGAUAGCAUAAGGGAAACAAAUAUACACCAACGACUGGAGAGGAACUGGCUAGGAAGUCUGCAAAUUCCAUUUUCAACGUUGUACUUCAAUUCUCAGGUUGAAGGCACAUUCAAACUGUACUCACCACCAGUAUUAUUAGGCUAUGAAAGGGAAUCUCAACUCUCACAGCUGGCAAGUUUGUCACUUUCUGGAGAUAGUCAGCUGUUGCAGCCACAGAAUGAUGCAACAUUUCUCACUCUUUUCAUCACAGUGCAACCUCCUCUUAACCCACCAGAAUUACUGAAGGAGAAGCUAGAAAGUACUGAGCUGCCACAUGUUCAGGAACACUUAGAGAAAUGGGAAGAGCAAAUGUUGGCUGAAUUUCCACAUCGAAAAGUUAAGACUUUGGUUACAGAUAUUAGUGGCAAAACAGUUUGUGUUACAAGAUUUUUCCGAGCUCUUGCACCACCAGAUCUGUGUGGAGAUGAUGGUCCUGUGACAGCAGAAAUGGCUGCUCGCUAUGUUGCAAUGAUACCUGUUAUAUCUGGUAACACACUAUUCCCAGGACUUUUUGAUGUGUGGCUGACAUCAGAUCAAGUUGUGCGGUUGCUGUCUGGCGACUGUGAGGACCAUGCUGUGCUGCUGUGUUGCUACCUCCUGCAUCUGGGAAUGCAAGCCUGGCUGCUCCUCGGAGUUGGUGUGCCCCAUGGACCAGCUGCCUAUGUUUUAACCCGAGAUGCCCCAGGAGCUUUCCGCAUUUGGGAUCCUGUGUCUGGUCAAGCAUGUAACAUCACAGACACAUUCUGUCCUCUCCAAAAAACAUAUUGCCUCAUUAAUGAAGACAAUGUAUGGGCAAAUAUUCAGAAUGAAGAGAUGCCCCAUAGAACACGUUUUGAUGUGAGCCGAAAGUCGGAUUGGUAUCCAGCAUUUGGCAGAAAUGUGAGUGCACCUACAGGAAGUGUUCAACCUCCAUCACUUGAAUAUAGUGAGACAUCCCUUUCAGCUGUGCAGCAACUGCAGGACAAAAUUGAGAAAUAUUUGCAAAAGAAUAUUAUGCAGUGGAGAAAAACAUCGAGGACAAUUUGGAACCGUUACUGUAUUGCAAUUUUACGGAAGUUAUUGCCUGAAAUGGAGACAGCUUCUUUGAAAUCCAAAGAAUUGGGUAUAGCUGAACAUAUUCACGAACUACAACAAAUACUAGGGUCACACAAGGUUUGUGGAUUUCCUAUCAAUAUGCCAUACACCAACAUGGAAGCUAUUAAUGAGACAGUGAAAGCUACAGGUGUCCAUAAUACUGAGAAUGAAGAAACUGAAUUUGCACUUGCAGUAUAUGUUCAUCCAUACCCUGGCAAUGUUCUCUCAGUGUGGAUAUAUGUAGCAUCACUCAUAAAAAGGAGGUGAACUAUUAAACUGGUUCUUAGAUAUUGGUUGGUGAACUAUUAUUGGUGUAUCAGACCAUUAUUACUCACAAGCUGCUGCUGAUAGCCUUUCUUUGUGUAUUUGUGAUUAUAAAAGUUCUGCAUGUCCAAAGAAGGUACCGAAGUAUUUAUACUUUUACACACACACACAGCUGCAGGAAUAUUAUUUAGGUAUGUUGUAUCAUCCAAACUCCACUAAUGUCCUUUUAUCUAUGUUUCUGUUCGGCUUUAGUACCCUAAUAAGACUGCUGCUACCAUUCAGGUAAGAUCACAAAUUACAAAUGAUGGAAUGGAACAGUUCACAUCCAAUGUUUGAUUUAUUUAUUUAUUGUUAGGCUAUCAGAAAACAGAUGAAAAUAAAAUUUAUAUUACAGCGAGAUAGAUAGAUAUCCAGCAAUCACAGGCCCUACAGCCCACUUGCUGCUUCCACAAACUGCCUCCAUUCCUUCCUGUUAUUACAGCUAGUUCAUCUUAAAUAAGAUAACAUUUAUAUCCUCCUCUGGUAAAGCCUUCAAGCGAAAUCGUACUUGGGCACGAACUGUCUUCUAUAUCAAAACCAUUAACAGAAGAUAACUUGCAGCAUACUGAAGAAGAGACCAUGGUGAACAACAUAUGUGUAACUGUGAAGAAAAUCAUUGUCAUGUUAAAUUGUGACCAUAGCAUAAAUAAAUUGUUCUUGGCACUGGAUAUAGUGUUAUAAGACAGAUUGU